UUGAAAAUGAAUUUUUUGAUGAUAUUGUUGACAAAGCUUUAGAUUCAGAUAAAUUGCCACAAAAUACUGGCGAUUUUUUACCAUAUUUUGAAAAUACAACUACUGCAUUAAUGUUUAGCUGGAUACAAAAAAAUAGUAUUG